UUGCCCUCGUCAUCGUUUUCCACCAUGAAAACCCCAAAACCCUCCGCCGCUUCAGUCCUCUCCCUCCCACGCGCACCACUGGCGUCUAUGCCUCCUCUCCUCGCCCUGAGUCCAUGACCGCGGUCGCCUCCUCCUCCUCCUCCUCGCUUGCUCCGCCGCCUCCGCCUCCGCAUUCUCCGAUGCUCCCUCGUCUCCACGGCGCCUUCCGCCUCCGCCUCCACCUCCCUCCUCGCCACCCCCUCAUCCAACUCCUCCACUCUUCCAGCCCCGGUGCCCACCCGCCGCCGCCGCACGCCGCCGAGCUCUGGAUCGCCAAGGCGCUCGUGGCCGCGGCCUUCCUCCGGCCGCACCACCUCCCAGCUUUCCGCGGCCUCGCGCUCUCCCAUCUCGCCGCCGCGGCCGCGCUCCGCCUCGCUCCGUGCGCCUCCUCCGCGCUCCGGCUCUUCGACGCCCUGCACUCCCCGCCGCUGUCCGUUCCCCCGUCUGAGCACUCCUACCGCCACGUGGUCGCGUUGCUGUGCAGGUCGGGCCAUCACGGCAACGCGCUCAAGCUGUUCGACCAAAUGACGGACCAGUCGGGGUGCUUUCCCGACGAGGGGUUUCUCUCGUUCGUGGUCGGCUCGUGCACCACUGCUGGACUUCUUGAUGCCGCCGCGGCCUUGCUCUCAAAGGGCUCCCAGUUUGGUUGCUGCAUCGAGCCGUAUGCGUAUAACAGGCUCAUGAACUCUUUCAUUGGCCAUGGCCGGGCGCAUGAUGCUGUUGCAUUGUUUGAGAGGUGGGUUCAGGAGGGAUUGUAUACCCCGGAUGUUUGGAGUUUUAAUGUUGUCAUCAAGGGGGUGUGUCGGGUGGGGGAUGUCCAAAAGGCGCUCCAGUUGGUCGAAAGGAUGGAUGAGUUUGGCUGUUCACCGGAUACUGUCACACACAAUAUUCUUGUUGAUGGGCUAUGCAGAGUGAAGGAGGUGAACAAGGGCUGUGAGGUCUUGAGGAGGCUCCAGAAGGAUGGUGUUUGCAUGCCCAAUGUUGUGACAUACACCUCAGUGAUCUCGGGUUAUUGUAAGGCUGGCAGGAUGGAGGAUGCAAUGGCAGUGUACAAUGACAUGGUUGGUUCUGGGACAGCACCCAAUGCAGUCACUUACAAUGUGCUUAUUAAUGGAUAUGGAAAGGCUGGAGAUAUGGGAUCUGCAGUGGGAGUGUAUCAGCAAAUGAUGCUCCGUCGCUGCCCUCCUGAUGUUGUGACAUUUAGUUCUUUGAUUGAUGGAUAUUGUCGGUGUGGACAGCUCGAUGGUGCAAUGAGGAUUUGGAAGGAGAUGGCUCGGUAUCAUAUUCAACCAAAUGUGUACACCUUUUCUAUCAUAAUACACUCACUUUGUAAGCAGAACAAAUCAGAGGAAGCGCUUGAUCUUCUGAGGGAAUUAAACAUGAGAGCGGAUAUUGCACCACAAGCAUUCAUAUACAACCCUGUGAUUGAUAUACUGUGCAAGGGCGGAAAGGUGGAUGAAGCAAACUUGAUCCUAAUGGAUAUGGAAGAGAAAAGGUGUCGUCCUGACAAGUAUACAUAUACUAUUCUAAUAAUUGGUUACUGCAUGAAGGGUAGGAUACCAGAAGCUAUUGCAUUGUUCCACAAAAUGGUGGAGAAUGGGUGUUACCCUGACAAUAUUACAGUUAAUUCUUUUAUUAGUUGUCUUUUGAAGGCUGGGAUGCCUAGUGAGGUGGAUCACAUAAUGCUUAUUGCUUCAGGGCGUGCUAAAUCUAGUCAUAAAGUUUCUUCUCCCCUGAGCCAAGGCCUAGAUAUUUCAGUAGCUGUAUAGUUGAAUUGUACUGAUAUAGAGAAUGUAGGGAAGAGCACCUUAACUGUUUCCGGUGCAUACUGCAGCACAACUGGCUCUUCUCAAGAUAAGAAGAACAAGCUCUGGACAUUCAGCUAAAAGAAACUCAAAUAUAAAUAUUGAGAUCUUGGUUGCACCAAGCCUACAUAGCUAUGAGAAAUUAAUCAAACCAACUUCAUGGCUCAUGGCGAGUAAGAAUGAAAAAGUUAAGCUAUUUGGUGCUCCAUGUAUUCAUUGAAGUGAUUCAGUGAGUUUCACGAAGAGGAGUCGAACAAGUGCCAUAGUGCUGAUCUGCUGCGGUGAUGUUACAGAAAUUGAACACAUGGAUACUUGCCAUUCACCUCUAAACACUGUAUAUGAUCGGUCACUUCCCUGGGUUUCAGAGCAUUAGUUCCUUUAGAUGUGUUGUUACCUUUGCGAAGAUUCAAGAACAGCUAUGAUUGGGAGAUUGUUAACUGAAUAAGAUUGAGUUAGCAGUUGAAGACUCAAUGCUUGAAGAACUUGAUGGAAGUAAUUUACUCUCUAGCAGAGGUACUUCAUAUGUAUUCUUUCCUUUCUGUGUAUUGUUCAUCCUCAUAUAGAAUAUUUUUCCAGGAAAGGAUAUGCACGCCGUUCAGCUGUUGUGCAUUUUUCAAUUCCAAAUAGCUAUAUCUAGACAAGCCUGAGUAUACAGUUUUUGCUCUGCAAUUUUUAAACUUUCCAUUAAGGCGCUGGGUAUCUUUCUUCUGAACUAUGUUUGUAUUUGAUAGCAAGUUUCUAGUUUUCACAGAAUCUUAGGCCUGUUUAGGGGCAAUAGUAGAUUGUCCAAGGAACUGGGAUCGGUAAACCCAAGGAAGGACUUAAUUUUUUUAAUGAAAGUUUCACAUUGGUUUAUCUGCUAGGCCUUUUCGAUAACACACUUUUUGCGAGGUCUUAAGCUCAUUGCAGCAUUGAAAUUAAGACUAUGCUGUUCCAGAUAAGCCCAAGUUCAGUUGGUAACAUUCGCUGUAAUUUUCAAUUAAUAAGUUGAAACUUUUGCAAUC